AUGUCCUCUGUGAUUGACUUGUGCAGCAGCGACGAGGAGGACGUGAAAGCAGUAGCUGUCCAAUCGAAGGCGGCUGUUCGGCGGCGGCGCUCCAAGCCCGUCACUCCAGAGGAUCGAAAGGAUGGAGACGGCAACAGUAGUAGCAGUGGUAGUGAGCAUCGCAAACACAAGCAAAAGAAGUCUCGCCAGCUGGCUUUCGACAAUGAUUCUUCAGAUUCAGACGAUGAUUAUCUCUUUGCGCCCAUUGGAUGUUUCGCAAACAAGAAGAAAGAAGAAGAUACUGUGACUCCCUUCAAGGAAAAUCCCAAGGCAAAGGCAGCUCCUUCCCUGAAGCAGCCGCGAGCAAUCACUUCCAGCUUGGGCACUACAUCUUCGGCAAGCACGACAGCAAUCCCAAAGCGACCGCCAGUGCUCAAUCCAUAUGCCAAGCGUCCAGUUUCCAAGCCUUCCAAAUCCCAAGAGGCACCCUUGUCUUACCCCAAUCCAUCGAAUCAAACUCAUCCAGACUUGCGUCCCAUGUUUAUCUUGGCCUUUUGGAAACACGCACAAACCAUGGUACACGCUUCGUACAAUCUUGGCAAAAUGGAUCAAAUCUGUCGACGCAUCUGUGCCUUGGCAUUUUCCGACUUUCCCAUUCGAUCGGAAGAGGAAUACUGCCAACGAUUCACCAGUACUCACGAUGCCGCAGCCAUUCGCGAGAUAUUCCAAGGAUGCCACAACAAGUUUCCCACAAUCAUCACACCAUCCGAUGGCCGCUACGUCUCCAUUCCGGAAGCUUGCCUUGUGGCCCUGUUGGAACACGCCGAGUCGAUUGCCAAGGAAGAGAAUAAUGACAACGCUCUUCCCUCUGUCUUGAGUCAAAAGCAAUACUGGAUAUCCCUCUCCAAUCUGCUUCCCAUGAUUGAUUCUCGUCUCAAGAGUAUCUGUCCAGGAAGACUCACCCAAUCCAAUCAAGACGACAAUGGUGCGGCACACUACUUGGAACCAUCCACGCGAUCGGCCGAAUUCAAACAAAUUGAAAAGCUAACCACCAAAGCUUCGACUGGUCAAGACGUACCCUACAUGAAACCUCAUCGACAAAAGGGGCUCGUCUACUAUGAACUCACGGCUUUAGGGUAUCAAAUGGCACAGACUGUUCGACACCGAACGUUUCCUGGUCCACCCGGUCACUACCGAACCAGCAAUCUGCAUCCGGAGGAAUCGCAAAAGUAUCAAGGCAUUUGCCUGGCAGUCGACAAUCGAGAAGGUGGAGGUCCCAAGAAACGACUACAUGCCAUGUGCAAUAAGUUGGACUGGUUAAAGACUCCCUACUUUGUCCGUAGCUUGGACAUUGGAGACUACUGCCUCUUUGCGACAGACACCGAUCGGCUGCUUCCCGUGUUGGUGGAACGCAAGAGUGUCCAGGACGUGGCAGCAUCGAUUUACGAUGGUCGUUGGACCAAUCAAAAGAGACGCAUGUAUCAAGGACAGUACGUGUUUGGAUAUGACAAUUGCCGCCUGGUCUACAUUAUCGAAGGGAACCGGGAUGCCCAGCAAUUGACGGGCGGAUAUGUAGGGGAACGACGAUUCGACGUGACGCGUGAGCAGCUCGACAAGGAAAUUGAAAAUUUGCAAUCCGAGGGAUUCAAAGUCAUGAUCACGCACUCGCCGGACCAUUCCAUGGUGGAGUUAUCCAAGUGGGCUGUGGACGUGCGUCAGGAUUAUGCCAGCGGGAAGUUGAAAGCCAAGUAUACGUACGAAGCGUUCCUUCAGGCCGUCCGCAAGAUUCCACGCAACACGGACUUCUCAAGGAUUGCCAAGGACCACGCAGCAAAUGGAUUAUUUGAACAAUCUACCACCGUGGAAGCAAAGAAACCAGCCGCUCAGAAAAAGUUUGAAAUCAAGAAACAAUCUACCGCCGUGGAAGCAAAGAAACCAGCCGCCCAGAGAAAGCUCAACUUCGGUUCCCUCUCAUCAGCUACCAGUCCCAAGUGGAACAACUACAAUGGUUGGACUGUGGCCAAGUUAAAAGCCGAGUGUGAGAAGCAUGGCCUGCCAAAGACUGGGAAUAAGGCCGAAAUCAUUGCCCGCUUGAAUGGACCCAAACCGCCCCAACUUUGGCGGGAUCGCAAAGCGCAAAAAGAAUACGUCCCCACCAAACCCGAUGGUUGUGCCAAUGCUAUUUUGGUAGGGCUUUUGCUGGAACAACGAAAGGCUGGGUCCAACUUUGUUGGGUUGACCAAAGAGGAACUCCAUCCGUUGGCGGAAAGUCUUGAGAUUUCCAAAGAUCCCUUCAGUGGAGUCCCGACAGGGCCAUACAAAUACGAUGGUUGGAGCAGCAUGAAGGACCUCCGGGGAGGGGAGAUUCCCCUGGUCAUUCUCAGAAAGGGACGCUUCGUGCUCACAACCAGUAGUGACGUUUCGGGCUAUCCGUUUGCCGAGGCCAUGCAUCAGUGGUGCCACGAACAUGGCGUGUGCAAGUGCCAAAGUGUUGGAUAUGAAUACGAAGGAUGA